AUGAAAAAUGUAUUGGUUGUUUGGUUAUUUAUUACAAUAAUUUUAUUAACAUUAAAUGGCAAAUCACAUUUUAAAUUUCCUUUUGUUUCAUCAAAUUUUGCAGAUAAAUUUAUUCCAAUAGAUCCAGAAGAAUUAGAAAUAGCUAAAGAACAAGCUAAAGAAAUGUUCUUUUUUGGCUACAAUAAUUAUUUAAAACAUGCUUUUCCACUUGAUGAACUAGAUCCAAUUCAUUGUACAGGAAGAGGGCCUGAUUAUAAUAAUCCUGACAAUUUAAAUAUUAAUGAUAUUGAUUCUUUAAAUACAUUGGUUGUUGUUGGAAGUAAAGAUGCUUUUCAUAAAGCUGUUAAGCUUGUAAUUGAAACUGUUUCUUUUGAAAAAAAUGUUACUGUUCAAGUGUUUGAAGCAACUAUAAGAGUUAUUGGCUCUCUCCUUUCUGCACACAUGAUCUUAACCAAUGAAAAUCCUUUUCAUGGCGAUUUCACUUUUCCUGAAUAUGAUUCUGAAUUGCUUACAAUGGCACACGAUAUUGCUGGAAGACUUUUACCUGCUUUUAAUGGAACUGGCACAGGACUUCCUUAUCCUCGUGUUAAUUUAAUUCAUGGUGUUUUGCCUGGUACUUCGAAUGAAACUUGUACUGCUGGUGCUGGCUCUUUAUUGUUAGAAUUUGGUGUUCUCUCUAGGUUAUUAAAUGAUCCAACAUUUGAGGAAAAAGCGAGGAAAGUCAAUGAAAUUUUGUGGGAAUUUAGAAAUAAAGAAACUGGACUUAUGGGUAAUAUUAUUGAUAUCCAAACUGGUGAAUGGAAAAGUUUUAUGGCAGGAAUGGGAGCGGGAUUUGAUUCAUUUUUUGAAUAUUUAUUGAAGGCACAUAUUCUCUUUGGGGAAACUCGUGAAUUGGAAAUGUUUAUUGGAAUGAGAAAAAGUAUAAGAGAACAAAUUAGACGAGGACGGCCAAAAUGCAGAUUUGGAGAUGGAAAUCCACCAUUAUAUCCUAAUGUUGAUAUGCGUGAUGGAAGUAUUAUCAAUACUUGGUUGGACGCUCUACAAGCAAGUUUUGCUGGCGUUCAAGUAUUGGAUGGUGAUUUAGAUGAGGCAAUAUGUUCCCACGCGGUUUAUUAUGCAAUCUGGCAGAAAUAUGAAAUGAUUCCCGAACGCUUUAAUUGGCAUUCAAAAACACCAGAUGUUAAUUUUUAUCCGUUAAGACCGGAAUUUGUUGAAUCAACAUAUUUACUCUUUUUGGCAACUAAAAGUCCUUUUUAUCAACGUGUUGGAAUGCAAAUUGUCGACUCUUUAAAUCUACACACUCGUUUUGGAUGUGGUUUUGCAACAGUCCACAACGUUUUGGACAAAUCACUUGAGGAUCGAAUGGAAUCAUUUUUCUUAUCAGAAACAUGCAAAUACCUCUAUCUGGUAUUUAUAAAUUAUUUAAACUUUACUAGACUUUUAUAGCUAUUCGACGUUAGCAACCCUCUAAAUUGGCAUUACGAAAAAUUGUUAUUUUCAACAGAAGGGCAUACAUUCCCCAUCGUGCGAAGUUUAAGACGACACCCAGUUGGGCCAGUUUAUCAUGAUGAAACUGACACACUUUCAUGGUCAACAACAAAACCUCAAAAUUUUGGAAAUGGAACAAUUUAUCAAUCUUGCAACUCUUUACCCUUGCCGGAUGAUGAAGGUAACAUUUUCCUGACUAAACCACUUCCAAUUUCGCCUUUCCAUUUGGGUCAGUAUUUCAGGGUGAUUGAUACAUCACUAGAUGAUUAGCAAAUGGGAAUUAUAAAUUAUACUUGCGGUCAUCUUCCUCGCAUUUACUUUUUUUCCUUUCAUUUUUCUUCGAUAGCUCAUUCGAAACAGCUUGUCGAGUAAAUUGAAUGAACGAAAGCAGACCUAAUUGGACAAAUGACCACCUGUUUUAACCGAUAUGCAUGUUAUGAUUCUGUUUUUAUUUAGCAUUUAACACGAAAAACCUUUUUAAAUGGGCUAUUAUAAUAUUUAUACAUCAAAAAAGAAAGAAAAUGCGAGGAGGUAAUCGACAAAUACCUUUAAUAUUUUCAAUUUUGUCAUAUCUUUUAAUUUUUUGCAAAUCUGUGAUUCUUUUUAAAUUUACUCAAUUUCCGGUGAUUUUGUUACUGACACUUCAAGGAUUUCUU